GGGUUUUUCCUACAUUCUUAAAACUUCUGUACUCAUACUGACGUCUGCAGCAUUAGUGAACCCAAACAGUCAGAGUUCAACCACACUUUACUGGAAUCCAGAAAACAAUGCAGAUUCAUAGUCUUGACCUCGGGAUAUUGGAUAUUGAAUAAGCUCCAUGACGACAGUUGGCGUGUCAACUCAACUUUGGAAACACUGUAACCUUAAGAAGAAUAGAUAUCUAUGAGGUGUAAAUGAGCAUGCAAACUAAUUUAAAGGAUGUUGGUUGGAUGUGUCAUGUUGUACCACUAAGAAAGAAUAAAGCACCACAACCGGCUCCACCAAUAUCUCAGAUUCCAAGUAUUGGUUUUAUGCCUGAAGAUGCAUAUCCUGAAAAAAAGCAUACUAUGUAUUUCAAGUCAACUGACUCACCCUAUGUUCAAUUAUCUAAAAUGGGUGGGAGACCAGAUUUAUUAUGUUUCAAAGAAAAUGAAAGAAAUCGUGGGCCACCUACACCUUAUUGUAGAUGUGAAUGGUAUUAUUUAGAAGAUAACGCAUUGGAAGAUAAACAAAAUAGGAAGGAAGAGUCAAAACAUGUAUUCAAAGUACCAUUCUAUAUGUCCGAUAUUUCUGUAUGCCCAACGAAGAAGAAAGAAAUAACUAAACCGAUUGUCAGCAGUACACCACCACCUCUACAAAAACCAAAGAAACUGAAAAAAUGCUGCAAACUGCCAUCACACAGGAUUGGCUACGCUGAGUACAACAGAAAGCCAACUAAAAUAUCAAUAGCUAAAUAUGUCAGAGAUCCAGCUCUGCCAAUAGUAUUCCCAAAGAGCGAUGUAACGAAAUGUAAUCCUACAAAUUUUUCAAAAUUAUUGGCGCAUGAAUAUACCUCAGACUAUGAUUUUUAUCAAAAACAGUGGAAAGAAGUAAAAAACUACUACAAGAGUAAAGGUGAUCCUUGUGUGCUGAAGAAUUCACCAUUUAAAAAGACAACACUAGGUCCAGUUGGGAAUGAUGUAAAACUUUAGUGGAAAAAGAGAAAUCAAUUCAUAUGUAAAAGAACUUUCAGAAUUCCUACAAUAAUUCAAUCAACGAUGACGAGUUCAGUAAACUGAAUUGCACUAUAUAUAACGCUAUAAGAUUUGUACAACUAAUUGCUAGUUUUCAGUAAUAAACGUAAAAGUAACUCGUCUGUCCAUUUGUAAAAAUAUCUAUCAUAUUAAUUU